AUGGCUUCUCUCGAGCGCAUACAGCACAUGCGGGCUGCUGCACUGACCGUCAUGGCCACGCGUUCGCAAGACCAGUCUCUCCUCGUCGAUCUCGCCGCAUCACCGUUGGCCGUUCGCGACCCGGAGCGCAUCGGCAGUGUCCUAGAGGCCGAAAGUCCCAGGAACACCGGCCGAGUGAUCCCCUCCUUCGGCUGGCACCCCUGGUUCUCCCACCAGCUUUAUGAUGACUUGGUCCCUGAGGCUGAGCGGACCUACUAUCCCGCCAGCAGCUCCGAGACGGACCUCCAGAAGGCAAAGCACGAACACUAUGCCGCCGUCCUCUCUCCGUCACCUGCGCCUACGGAUACGGCUUUCCUCGACUCACUGCCCACGCCGACACCACUGUCUGCCUACAUCGCCACGACUGAGGCCCGGUUGAAGGACAAUCCCCUGGCACUGGUGGGUGAGAUCGGCCUUGACAAGGCCUUCCGCCUGCCGCAGGCCUUUGACGAUGAGACGCGCGCCGCACGAGACCCGGCACUGACGCCUGGCGGGCGUGAGGGUCGCAUGCUCAGCCCCCAGCACGUGAGGAUGAACCACCAAAUUGUCGUCUUGAAGGCGCAGCUCGCCCUCGCAGGGUCCCUGGGGAGAGCCGUUAGUGUACACGGGGUGCAGGCGCACGGGGUACUGCAUGACACGUUGGCAGCGAGCUGGAAGGGGCACGAGAAGGAGGUGCUGAGUCGGCGGCAGAAGCGGAGGAUUGCCGAGGGUGCUGAAGACUUCUCUUCGUCUUCUGAUGAGGAUGAGGAUGAAGGAAGCGGCGAUGUGAAGGAGACGAAGAAGAAAAAGAAGAAGAAGAAUGGAGAUGCUGGCGGAAAGCCGUUCCCGCCGAGGAUAUGCUUGCACUCGUUCUCAGGGCCAGCACAGGUGAUGCGACAUUACCUGCACGCGGCGAUCCCGGCGCGCAUCUUCUUCUCAUUCUCGUGGGCUGUCAAUCUGGGGACGGGCGACCUAGAGAAACUGAGUGAGGUUGUCAAGCUCUGCCCCGAUGACCGAAUACUUGUGGAGAGCGACUUGCACAUGGCAGGCGAUGAGAUGGACGACAUGCUCCAAGCCAUGUACCGCAAGGUGUGUGAGAUCAAGGGGUGGGACUUGGAGGAGGGAGUGAAGCGGAUAGGGAAAAACUACAAGGAUUUCAUCAUUGGCUGA